CUCUCUCUCUCUAGAUUUACGCGCAGUCUAUUGUCUUGUACAGUAUUAAUCUUCAAAAUCAAAAUUUGACCCAUAAAACAAAAGUAACCCAAUUUCCAGUCGAGCAAAUCCUUCCUAGAAACAGAUGAUCGCCGGCCACCGGCAGCCCAUUUAGAUACGUGGGUUUGAUGUGACAAGGACUAAUUUUGUAUUGAUUUGGUGGAAUUGGAAAAAAUAUGACUUCAAGACCAUUCAAACCAGAUGAAUCGCAGCAAACUAGGUCAUCAGCUCCGAUGAGUGUAACAUUUGCCCGGAGAACAUCUUCCGGUCGAUAUGUUAACUACUCGAGAGAAUCAAACGAUGUUGAUAGCGAUUUCGGGAGCGGCGAGUUUUUGAACUAUACUGUUCAAAUCCCUUCAACUCCUGAUAAUCAGCCGAUGGAUCCUUCGAUUAGUCAGAGGGUUGAGGAACAAUACGUGUCGAAUUCGCUUUUCACAGGCGGAUUCAACAGCGUAACACGAGCACAUUUGAUGGAUAAGGUGAUUGAAUCUGAAGCUAAUCAUCCUCAAAUGGCGGGUUCUAAGGGUUCUUCUUGUGCAAUACCGGGUUGUGAUGGGAAGGUGAUGAGUGAUCAGAGGGGUGAAGAUAUUUUACCUUGUGAAUGUGAUUUCAAGAUUUGUAGAGAUUGUUAUAUUGAUUCUGUUAAAACUGGUGAUUCGAAUUGUCCUGGUUGUAAAGAGGCUUAUAAGGCUACUGAUUUGGAUGAGAAAGCUGUUGAUCAUAGUCGUCCUUUGACGUUACCUCCGCUGCCUCCGAAUGGGAGUGGUUUGUCGAAGAUGGAGAGGCGAUUGUCGUUGAUGAAGUCUACUAAAUCGGGGUUGAUGAGAAGUCAGACUGGCGAUUUUGAUCAUAAUCGUUGGCUUUUUGAAACGAAAGGGACUUAUGGAUAUGGGAAUGCUAUUUGGCCUAAGGAAAGGGAUUACGGGAAUGAUGAUAACAGCAGUGUUGCUGGUGGAGGAGGUGGUGGUGGUGACCCUUCGGAGCUUUUAGCGAAACCGUGGAGACCUUUAACUCGAAAGUUGAAGAUUCCGGCUGCUGUUUUGAGUCCAUACAGGCUUUUGAUUUUUAUUCGGAUUGGUGUUCUUGGAUUGUUUUUGGCUUGGAGAAUUCGACAUCCGAACACAGAUGCUCCAUGGUUAUGGCUGAUGUCGAUUAUUUGCGAGUUAUGGUUCGCGUUCUCGUGGCUGCUUGAUCAGCUGCCGAAGUUUUGCCCAAUUAAUCGCGCGACUGAUCUUGAUGUUCUGAAAGAGAAGUUUGAAACUCCGAGUUUGAGUAACCCAACUGGAAAAUCUGAUCUUCCGGGUAUGGAUGUGUUCGUUUCAACAGCUGAUCCCGAGAAGGAACCGCCACUCGUCACGUCGAAUACAAUUCUGUCGAUUCUCGCCUGUGAUUAUCCGGUUGAUAAGCUAUCUUGUUAUGUUUCCGACGAUGGGGGUGCUCUUCUUACGUUUGAGGCAAUGGCUGAGGCUGCGAGUUUCGCUAAUCUAUGGGUUCCUUUUUGUCGUAAACAUGAUAUUGAGCCGAGGAAUCCUGAAUCUUACUUUAGUUUGAAACGUGACCCUUAUAAGAAUAAGGUGAAGUCGGAUUUUGUUAAGGAUAGGAGACGGGUUAAACGUGAGUAUGAUGAGUUUAAGGUUAGGAUUAAUGGUUUACCCGAUUCGAUUAGGCGACGUUCGGAUGCUUACAAUGCUCGUGAAGAGAUCAAGGCUAUGAAGUUGCAAAGGGAAAACGCGGUCGAGGAUGAACCGAUCGCGAGUGUUAAGGUUGUUAAGGCGACGUGGAUGGCCGAUGGAACACAUUGGCCCGGGACAUGGAUUGUCCCCGGUUCCGAACAUUCGAAAGGAGACCAUGCAGGGAUUAUUCAGGUGAUGUUGAAGCCUCCGAGCGAUGAACCGUUGAAGGGGGAGUCGGGUUCAAUUGAUUUAUCCGAAGUCGACAUUCGACUGCCCUUAUUGGUCUAUGUUUCGCGUGAGAAGCGUCCCGGUUAUGAUCAUAACAAGAAGGCGGGAGCGAUGAACGCGUUGGUUAGAGCUUCGGCUAUCAUGUCUAAUGGUCCGUUCAUGUUGAACCUCGAUUGUGAUCAUUACAUUUAUAAUUCUCAAGCCAUCCGGGAAGGGAUGUGUUUCAUGAUGGACCGAGGCGGGGAUCGCAUUUGCUACGUUCAAUUUCCGCAGAGGUUCGAAGGAAUCGACCCGUCUGAUCGUUACGCGAAUCACAAUACGGUUUUCUUUGACGUGAACAUGCGUGCGCUCGAUGGCUUACAAGGUCCUGUUUACGUCGGAACAGGUUGUUUAUUCCGAAGGGUGGCACUUUACGGUUUCGACCCUCCUCGAUCGAAAGAUUACCAUCAUGGUUGUUGUAGUUGUUGCUUCCCUCGCAGGAGAAAACUCGCGAUGUCGGAAGAUGCCCGUGGGCUUCAAAUGGGCGAUUCCGACGACGAGGAAAUGAAUAUUUCUGAGUUCCCGAAAAAAUUCGGGAACUCGUCUCUCUUCGUCGACUCUAUACCUAUCGCGGAAUAUCAAGGUCGCCCACUAGCGGAUCAUCCUUCUAUUAAACACGGAAGGCCUCCCGGGGCUCUUACGAUCCCUCGGGAGCUUCUAGAUGCUUCCACGGUAGCAGAAGCGAUCAGUGUUGUAUCUUGUUGGUACGAGGAUAAAACAGAAUGGGGCAAUCGUGUCGGAUGGAUUUACGGCUCAGUGACUGAGGAUGUCGUUACCGGUUAUAGGAUGCAUAACCGUGGUUGGAAAUCGGUUUAUUGUGUAACAAAACGUGACGCUUUCAGAGGAACAGCUCCGAUAAACUUAACGGAUCGUCUCCAUCAAGUCCUCCGAUGGGCUACGGGCUCGGUCGAGAUAUUCUUCUCUCGAAACAACGCACUUCUCGCGAGCCCGAAGAUGAAGAUAUUGCAGAGGAUUGCUUACCUUAACGUCGGUAUCUACCCAUUCACCUCGGUUUUCCUUCUCGUGUAUUGCUUCCUCCCCGCCCUCUCCCUUUUCUCGGGACAAUUCAUCGUCCAGUCACUAAACGUCGCGUUUCUGACUUACCUACUGAUCAUCUCGUUGACCCUAUGCAUGCUCGCCAUCCUCGAAAUCAAAUGGUCGGGUAUUACCCUAGAAGAGUGGUGGAGAAACGAACAGUUUUGGCUAAUUGGAGGAACAAGUGCUCAUCUCGCCGCGGUUCUUCAAGGUUUACUCAAAGUUCUAGCUGGGAUUGAGAUCUCGUUCACUUUAACAUCGAAAUCAGGAGGUGACGAAGACGAUGAAUUUGCCGAUCUCUAUGUGAUCAAAUGGACCUCCCUUAUGAUCCCGCCUAUUGUGAUAAUGAUAGUGAAUUUGAUCGCGAUUGCGGUUGGCUUUAGUCGGACUAUAUAUAGUACAAUACCGCAAUGGAGUCGUUUGAUUGGAGGAGUUUUCUUUAGUUUUUGGGUAUUGGCUCAUCUUUAUCCUUUUGCGAAAGGGCUUAUGGGACGACGAGGAAGGACGCCUACAAUCGUGUUUGUUUGGUCGGGACUUAUUGCGAUCACUAUAUCGCUUCUUUGGGUCGCGAUUAAUCCGCCUUCGGGUGCUGAUGGCAUUGGAGGAUCUUUCACAUUUCCUUGAUUCUUAUGAAUAUUUUUUUGUUUUUAUUUUUUUGAUACUGUUUUUUAUUUUUGUUAGUUCUGUUAUAAGGUUCAUAAACAUUGAAAUUAUUAUAUUAUUUUUAUUUGUGGAAACUGAGAUUAUUGUGGAAGGAAUGAAAUACAUACAUUUUAUUUUUGUUUA